AAUCCCCCCCCCCUUCCAAUUAAUCUCAUUAAAAUGGUUGUUUACAAAGUAUUAUUGUCAGCUGUUGUCAUAUGCAUCAGUUUAUGUUGUGCAUGACAUAACAUGCAUUGUUGUAUAUUUAUUUAAGUUCUAUAACACACUAGGAAACAAUUUCUUCCACUGAUUUGACCUCUUUCAGAUAUAUGUGGACACAGAUUAUCAGUAGCCAACAUUCAGUAUAUUCCUUAUAUAUUUAUAUAUUUUUAGAUAAGGCGCUUUUUUUUUUUUUUUUUAAUUGACACAUUUUUGUUGGUUAUACACACCAAAAACAAAACAAAACAAAACUGCACUGACAGGCUUUCGUAAAUAAGAUGUACACUAGGCAGUAUUAAGAAGUCAUAGUUUUGUGUCAGUAAUAAUAACGUAUCUGAAUUGUUUUUAAAAUCUUAAAUAAAACAAAAAAACAAUUAAAAGCAGAGCUCUUUAUCUGCCAACUUCUCUGUAUCAGACAGAAUGAACGAGGAAAUAAACUUUACACCAGUCACAUUAUUCCUUUGCCAGCAGCAUGUAAUAAGAUAGCAGACUACGGCCACACUGUAACAGUAGAGAGUUAUUGCACACUUCCUGUGGUAUAUUUAUGACUCUGUGAGCCCAGUUCCGGUGCAUGCUGAUACGAGCGCUCAGUCUCCCGUCUAAAUGCUGUGGAGUCAGAGGACCUUAUAUCACGGAACGUAAGGCAAAGAAAAGAAGAUCUUGGGAAAUAACUAUCACAUGUUUAUACGAUAUCACACCUUGGCUUAAAUUCCUAUGGAGUUUUACCAUUUGGGAGGGAAGUAAGCUGAAGCUAUGGAGGACUGCUUGCAUACGUCUUCUGAAAACCUGUCAAAGCUGGUGAGCUGGGCCCACAGCCAUGGGACGAUUUGCAGCCUCAUCCCCAACCUGAAGCACUUGCUGUCUGAGGGCUCCCAUGGGAACCUGACAGCCAUGUGGGGCUGUACCGCCGGUCAUGCUUACCACUGGCCUCUGACGGCUACCUGUCGGGCCGGAUCCCAGGAACGCAUGUGCUAUCAGGACAGCCGCAGCUUCAACUCAGACAGUGCCAGCAUUAGUGGGGCAGCCUCCGAAACACAGCCCAGUCCCGGGGAGAGAUUCACAGGAAGGACAGUGAAAGCCAAGAUGGACUGCAACCGGACCCAAGACUCAUGCGACUUCUCCAACUGCAGUGAGCCUUCGGAAGUAGAAGACAAUAUGGAGGAAUACGAGGAUGAGAAUGCCUUGUUUGACAUGGUGUGUGAGUCCUCUCCAACGGACGAGGACAGUGACUUUGAAACCGAGCUGCUUAGACAGCAGCAGCACAGUGCCCCUCAGAAGAGGCCCAACACAAGCCCACUUCCUUCUGGUGCAGAGAGCAAACCUUCCUGCCAAAAGAUGGAGGAUAGCGGCAGCAGUGGAGGAGACAACAUGAUCGUGAAGAAGAUAAAGCAGGAGAUGCCUGAGGACUACUACAUUGUGUCCAGUGCUGAGCUUACUGGGGGUAUCAAUGGCCCCACUUUGUCCCUCACCCAUACACCAAAGCAGUCCCAAACACCUCUCCCAGGACCUUCAGCAUACACAGUGCCUCAUAUGCCAACCACCUUGGUGUCUCCCAUCCUCGGUGUCGAGAAUGACUCUCGAGUUUCUGUCUCUCCCCCAAUCAGUUCACAUGGUAUGAUUCCAAUGUCGGUAAGGGGCCCUGUUGCGGGACACUGUAGGCUUGUGACAAAUAUCCAGGCUUCCAGCCAGCCAUUGACCCUUCAGAUGCCAAUCAGUACAUCUGGAGCCAACCAGCAAAUUAACAUCCCCUUAUCGGCCUUGCAGAUUCCAGGGCAGGCUGAGCAUGUCCCAAUAGAAGAGCUCGUCAAACCAUCGCCCAAACCAGUGGCUUCCUGCGAGGUUGCUUUGUCUCCCUCUGUGAACACUGAGCCAGAAGUCAGCUCCAGCCAGCAGCAAAGUAAUGCCUCUAUAGCUUUUGCAACGGAUGGUAACACUGAAGCAGCAUCAGGAUACCAUGCAAAGUUGAACAAGUUCCCUGUAUUCAAUUUUAAUGACGAACUGAAGGACUUGUGUGUGAGUGCCGUGAGUGCCAACACUACCAAGGCUACUCUCUAUGCACUGAAUGUCUGGAGGUACUGGUGCAUGACCAAAGGGCUAAAGGACUAUAUGGACAUUACUAAGAUCCCAGCCCCCAAGCUGAACGAGCUGCUGGGAGAUUUCUAUGUGAGUGUAAAGAAGACGGAUGGCUCGGAUUUCCUGGCCACCUCUCUGCAUGCCAUUCGGAGGGGCCUGGACCGCAUGCUGAAAAAUGCUGGCGUGGGCUUCUCCAUCACCAGCAGCAUCUUCAACUCCUCAUCCCAGAAGCUCAAAGAGAAGCUCCAUGUGCUCAGCAAGGCAGGCUUGUCAGGUGCCCGCUCCCGUAACAUUAUCUAUUUCUCCCUCAACGAUGAGGAGGAGAUGUGGAGGACUGGUUGCCUGGGUGAUGAAGGGCCUGUGGCUUUGCUGUCUACAGUGGUGAAGUACAAUAGCCAGUUCUUUAACAUGAGGACCUUGCAGGAGCAUGCUGACUUGAUGUUUGGCGACGUGGAACUACUGAAGGACUCGGACAACCGGCCUUUCUUUGGCAGGACUGACAGUGUCAAGCGGGAGAAGCGGGCUGGCAGCAAUACCAAAGUGUGCUACGGGCAGGUCUACCACGAGCACUCCCGGGGCCAGAAACGCUGCCCCUACUGCCUACUCUACAAGUACAUGUACACCCACCGACCGCCAACGCUCAUGGACCCCUGCUCCCCCUUCUACCUGGCCGCCCGCAAGGAGAUGUGUUCUGUCAAUGGUGUCUGGUACGAGGAACAGAGAAUGGGCCUUCGCUCCCUCAGGGGGGUUGUGCCUAAGCUGGCCAAGAAGGUACGGCUGGAGCAGUGUGAUAAUUUCACUUUUGUCUCCUUCACACAAGCCUCUAGGAAGUUCUCUCACAUCAACCACCUGUGAUUUAAAAAAAAAAAACAGCUGCCCAUGGAACAAUAGACUGGCCCUUUCAAACA